AUGUGGUUCAAGAAGGGAGCCUUGUUGGCUCUCUUAACACUUGCGCAGUUUGCGCUCGGUAUCGAGGAUUACUACAAGGUUCUCGGCAUCAACAAGCAAGCCUCGGACAAGCAGAUCAAGUCGGCCUACCGCCAAUUGUCCAAGAAAUAUCACCCCGACAAGAACCCAGGCGACUCAACAGCCCACGACAAGUUCGUCGAAGUAUCCGAAGCCUACGAGGCCCUCAUCGAUCCCGAAUCCCGCAAGAUCUACGACCAGUACGGUCACGAAGGCCUCAAGCAGCGUCAGCAAGGCGGUGGCCAACAACACCACGACCCGUUCGAUCUCUUCUCUCGCUUCUUCGGCGGCGGUGGCCACUUCGGCAACCAGCCCGGCCAGCGACGCGGCCCCAACGUCGAGCUCAAGGUCGGCAUCUCCCUCAGCGACUUCUACAACGGGCGCACGACCGAGUUCCAAUGGGACAAGCAACAGAUUUGCGAGGAGUGCGAGGGCACGGGAGCGGCGGAUAAGCACGUCGAUACCUGCGACGUCUGUGGUGGACACGGUGUUCGGAUCGUCAGACACCAGCUGGCGCCGGGCAUGAUUCAACAGAUGCAGGUGCAAUGCGACAAGUGCGGCGGAAGGGGCAAGAGCAUAAGGCAUAAGUGCCCCGUUUGCCAAGGCAAGAGGGUGUUGCGGAAGAUGGCGACGGUGGGACUGAACGUUGAGCGUGGUAUGGCCGAAGGGUCAAGGAUCGUAUACGAGAACGAGGCGGACGAGAGCCCGGAUUACGUUGCUGGCGACCUGAUCGUUACGGUCGUGGAGAAGGAGCCAAGUGUGAACCCUGAGGAAGACAACCCGGAUCAUCUCGAUGGCAUCUUCUUUAGGAGGAAGGGCGACGAUUUGUUCUGGAAAGAGAUCAUCAGCCUCAGGGAGGCGUGGAUGGGCGACUGGACAAGAAACAUUACACAUCUGGAUGGACAUGUGGUUAGGCUUGGAAGGCAACGCGGCGAGGUGGUGCAGCCAGGUCACGUCGAUACGAUACCAGGAGAAGGCAUGCCCAAAUGGCACGAAGAUGGUGACAGCGUUUACCACAAGACGGAGUACGGAAAUCUCUACGUCGAGUAUACAGUGGUGUUGCCAGACCAAAUGGAAAGCGGCAUGGAAAAGGAGUUUUGGGCGUUAUGGGAAAAGUGGAGGGGAAAGAUUGGAGUUGAUCUACACAAGGACAGCGGGAGGCCUGAACAGCCAGUGAUCCAUGAUCAUGAUCAUGAGGGACACGAGCAUGAGGAGUUAUAG